AUGGCGGGCAAGAAAGGCGGAGAGAACACCAAGAAGGCUGCAGGAAAUGCAAAGGCAACCGAAGUAACAGCCCAGAAGCAAGCAGCAGAAGAUGCCCGAGCCGCCGCCGCCGAAGCCCAAGAAUGGUCUAAAGGCGCAAAAGGCAACGCAAAGAAGUCAGUUACCCCCACUAUCAUCACCACCGCCAACCACCAAUCCACAAAGGCCACACCACUAACACCGCUCCCCCUCUCCACCAGAGAAGCCGAAGCCGAGAAGAAAGCCGUGGCGGCCCAAAAGAAGGCCGAACGCGACGCCCUCCUCGCGGCCGAGGAAAAAUCCCAACGCUCCACCCCCAAAGGCGCCAACGCCAAAACCGCCCCCAAGAAAUCCAGGGGAACCCUCGACCUCUCCCAACUCGACGCCACCCCCUUCGCCGACUCGACCAACAAACCCGCCACGCUCAACGCCACCGGCAUCGACAACGCCCUCGACGCCCUCUCCCUCACCAGCACCGACCCUUCCUCCCAGAAAAUGGACCGCCACCCCGAACGCCGCUUCAAGGCCGCCUAUGCCGCUUUCGAGGCGAGGAGGCUGGAUGAGAUUGCCAAGGAGCAUCCCGGGCUGAGGAAGCAGCAGAGGGUGGAGAUCUGUCGGAAGGAGUUUGAGAAGAGCGAGGAGAAUCCGUUUAAUCAGGCCGGGGUGGUGGGGUGGGAUGCGAGUAAGGAGGAGGUCAGGGAGAAGAGGGAGGAGGUGAGGAGGGCGGUGGAGGGGAGGUUGGGUGAGAAGUCUUCGUGA